ACUUCAUUAGGCUCUACAGGCUAUACAUACUAUGGCUAUAGCACUGGCAGAUGCUCUGCAGUUGUGAACAAAUCUGCUCUUAUUUUGUUGUUUUUUAAAUUAAAAAAACUAUUGCUUUAUAUUUAAAAAACUUUUGUUCUAAAGAAUUUGUCAAAAAGGCAUUGAUUUGAGUGAACAAUGAGUGAAAGUGAGGACAAGAAAGCCGAGACCGGAUUUAUCGGUUCAAUCAGACGAUUGUCGCGCCGUUUCUCCGGAACCCUAUUGAAUGUGGACUCGAAAGCCGGACCCCAUCUCAUACACAGCGGACGCAAAACCAUUUACUCGUACGACGACGAGGAACAGCUCAGGAUUGCCGGACCCCAUCUCAUACACAGCGGACGCAAAACCAUUUACUCGUACGACGACGAGGAACAGCUCAGGAUUGGUGGAGUGGCGGCCGAAGAAUUGAUGGAAAAAUAUGGAACUCCUCUUUAUGUCUAUGAUGUGAAUCGUUUGACCGAUAAUUAUAACGUC